UUCCGUUUUCUGACGUGUUAUGGCCGACCGUGGCAAGAAAGAUUCGACUCCACCACCUCUCUUGUUUAUGCCUGCCGGUGGUGGGCUUACUCUAACACCUCCAGAACAGCCAAAUGUCCUGAUGCCAGUGAUACAAUCAGAACCAUCACUGUUGGGGCCAGAUGAAGAGGGUGAAGCAGAUAGCUUUGUUGGUCAGACUCCUCCAAAAUCUGAACCCUUGCAGCCUGGUUCUGUAACAUUCUUCGACCAUGGAGUGCCAUCUGGUGGCAGCGACCCGUUCAGCCAAAUAGGUCAGCCACCUCCUGUGAAUCAGCCAGCGGAUUUUGGGGUGCCACAUUUUCCUCCGACAACUACUGGAGUAGCAAGCCCAGCACAAGGUUUUUCUUCACAUUCGCCUCCAUCUCAGUUUGGAUCCCAACCCCCUUUCUCUGGUGCUGGUCCCCCUCCUUCAGUGACAACUUCAGGAAAUACCAACAUCUUUCGACAGAGUGGUGGUCGUAUGCGUUACGCUGCACCGCCUUCUGGAACAUAUGCUACAGCUUCUCCACAGCCCCCACAACAGCCACUGCAACCUUCACACCCAUCUCCCAUGAUGCCGAGCCACGGUGAACGACCACCGCCCACAGCGAUGGUGCCUCCCGUGACGACCACACAGUCGAGUAAUGCGCAGUUUCUGCCACAGUUUCAAGGACAGACGACUUUGUCCGCGAAUAUUGGCUACCAGCCGGUACAGGCUCACUGGUGUUAUUGUAAAGUGGUGGAGGCCAAGGAUGUCUGGUAUCCAUUCUCUCUUCUCGACAGUGUGAAGCUGGAACAUGCAUUUUCAACUACUUUAAAAAAUAAUCCCGAAAACACAGUGGUGUCAACAAAUGGUGGCCGAUAUGACGUGAAUGUUGGCAAUCGUACUCGACAUGCAAUAUACUGGGAUGAAGAACCAACUGCUGUACGAAGAUGCACAUGGUUCUACAAGCGCGAGAGAGACAACAGAUUUGUCCCUUAUGUGGAGGAAUUUGCUAACAAAUUGGAGGAAGAGUACAAUAAGGCCAUUGUGUACAACAUGUGGCACAAGCGACUAGAAUUUCCAGGAGAUGAGACUAUUGUUAUGCACAACCCGAAUGUGAUCGUCCACUUCCAGGCAACCUCACAACCAGACGAGUGGGGAAAUAUCCAGCAACACAGUGACCAGAUGAGACCCAGAGUAGUGAAGCGUGGUAUUGACGACUUUGAGACAAUUGAAGAUGGUGAACCAGAUGAAAUUGACCACCUUGUGUUUAUUGUUCAUGGAAUUGGUGCAACAUGUGAUGCCAAGUUCAGAAAUGUCAUAGAGUGUGUUGACGAUUUCCGCUCUAUUUCUCAUGGGCUCAUCAAGACACACUUCCCUUAUUACAAAGCCGAGGGCCGUAUCAACAGAGUGGAGUACCUGCCAGUUCAGUGGCACAAAACAUUGCAUUCAGACAAAACUGGGGUUGACAGGAGAUUGCAAGCCAUCACUUUAAAAAGUACAGCCAAACUGCGACAUUUUGUGAAUGACACGUUGUUGGACAUUCUCUUCUACACUAGUCCAAGCUAUUGUCAGCUUAUUGCCAGCACUGUAGCUAAAGAGAUGAACCGACUCUUCCGUAUGUUCAGCCGGAGAAACCCAAACUUCGGUGGAUCAGUUUCUGUGGCUGGCCACAGUUUAGGUUCUUCCAUUCUGUUUGACUUACUGCUGCAUCAGAAAGAACUGGGUACAGAGUUUGAGGAGGAUGAGGAAACAGAUGAGGAAGAUGAUGAUGACAACUCAGAAAAUUCCAAUGAAGAUGAAGAGAAAGAACAGAAUGGCAAUACAGAGGGUUUGUCGGUGGACUCGGAAGAACUGUCGCAGAAACUGAGCAUGGAGGAUCUCUUGGCUAAAGUCGGUCUGCAGGACAAGGCUGAAGUCUUUGAAAAAGAACAAAUAGACAUGGAAGCACUGACAAUGUGCAGUGACUCUGAUCUGAAAGAUCUUGGUUUGCCCAUGGGGCCAAGAAAAAAACUGCUCGGUAUUUUAAAAGAACAGAAAGAAGAAAAGGAGAAGAAAAAGAAACAACUCGAAGAGCAAGCCAGUAAGGAUGCAGAGAGGCAAGCAAGGAGGCAGGAACAGAAAAAGAAGGAACAAUUUUUGAUGUUGGCUCGACAACAGGCAAGUGCUAAGCGUUCUGCCAGCAUCUGUGUGGAGUUCAUCAGUGGUUUGGCAGGCACUGGUCAGCCUUUUGUUGAAUACCCACAGCUCAUCUUUGAAACCUCUGCUCUGUUUGCCAUCGGUUCACCUAUUGGAGUCUUUCUGGCUGUCCGUGGGGUUGAUACCAUGGGCAAGGAAUUCAGACUACCAAACUGCCCUCACGUUUUCAACAUUUUUCAUCCAUAUGACCCUGUGGCAUAUCGUUUGGAGCCUCUAGUAAACCCAGCCGCCAGUAAUGUGAAACCGGUAUUGAUGCCCCAUCACAAAGGAAGAAAACGAUUUCACCUAGAGUUGAAAGAGAGCUUGUCGCGAGUUGGUGCCGACAUCAAGCAGAGGAUCAUCGAGUCACUGAAGGUGACUUGGAACUCGAUUCACGAUUUCGCUGCAGCUCACCGCACCGACACGUCUAUCGAACAGGAAGUCGACAAGGAAAUGAACAACAUCAUGGAGGGCUUUAACCAGCGGGAAGAGGACAAGGCAGAAACUGAAUCUGUAUCAUCUAACAACGAAGAAGAAAUUGAAAUGGGCCGCUUAAAUGCUGGCGGCAGAAUAGAUUAUGUUCUGCAAGAGGCCCCCAUUGAAAGUUUUAACGAGUAUCUCUUUGCACUGUCAUGUCAUGGAGGUUAUUGGGAAUCUGAAGACACUGUACUGUUGAUUUUAAAACAGACUUAUGCUGCAUCUGGAAUGAUGCCACAGAUGCCUGGCCCUGAGGGAAUACAUCAAAGGGCAGCUAACGCUGCUCCACCCAUGGCUGGACAGGGACCUCCCCCACCAGUCGGAGGAGCCGUUGGUCAUCAGAGGUCUCAGGCUCCACCCCCUGGUUUUGCUCCAGGGCCUUUCUCACAACAUGUGUCAACACCCCCAAAACAAGGCCCACCCAUGGGGUCUGCUCCACAUCAUGGAACACCUCCCCCAAUGAAUCAAGGACCUCCUCCAGUUUCUGGCUUUGUACGAUCUCCGCCAAAAUAGUCAUGCACAGGUUGUAGGUGUUCUAGUCAGGGUGGCAGUAAUAUUUAUUUCAGAACAAAAUAUUGAAGAGUUUAAAAAUGUACAGUUUGACAAAAUGUACCUGAGACCAAAAGGUUUAGCAAUUUGGUAAAUGUGCUUAAAUAGAAGAAAGCUUGUAACUUUCAAAGUGAAAUCUGAUGAUUUUCAGAACAAAAUGAAAUGUGUAACUGUCAUGUAGCAUAUAUUUUAAAGUACAAUGUGUUAGUACCAAACUGCUAAAUGUUUUUGGCUCAAGCUGGACAUGAGAUGUUGCAGCUUGUUUCUUGUUUGCUUCUAAAGCAAACGGAAUGCUGUUACUGUCAUUAACAGUCUUGAUCAGUUAAUUAACCAUUCAUGAAAACCAGUAUAUUAUCGGUAUGGUUCUGUAUGUAUCAUAUGUCACAUGCUUAUAAUAAAUAUACAUGAUGGGGUUCAUAAGGGAAUUGUUUUCAACACCUUUGUUGAGGUCAUCCAGUCAUAAUUAUUGAUUUAUAUGGGUGAAAAGUAUGUUGAUUAUUACUUUUGUUGCAUGCACAUUCUGAUAAUAAAUACAUGUACAUUAUCACAGGUAUGUUGCACAUAAGAUUUAUGAAACUCUUUAGAAAGCUGUAUUUGCUUGGAGAACACUGAAACAAUUCGCAAAUUAUUUUCCUGAAUUUCAUAAAGCACACAUCUUUAUGCAUUUUUCUUUUGUUGCAUACAUAUACAUGAUAUGAUUUGAAUCCAUGGUCAGUGAUUUGCCGGAGUGGAACAGUGGUUAAGUUGUCGGGUUUUAAGGCUAAUGGGUGCAAGGAUUGUAUCCCAGUUACAGUGGUCCCAACCCUGAGUGUGAGCUCAGCUCUGUGAGUAAUUCUAGCCCCUCUACAUUAACUGUAUCAGUCGAUUCAAUGACUGGUUACAUGUCUUGCCAAACUAGUUUGAUUAAUAAUUCAGUCUGUAAUUAAACUUUUGUUACAAAUGCUUGGAUUAGCCAAAAUGAUGUCACAUAAUUUAAGAAUUUCAAUUUCAUUAAUCCAUGAAUCUCAUUAAUCGCCUCAUUCAUCCACAGAACUAAAUGUAUAAUUUAUAUUCACUCCCUCCCCUUCUCCCUCUCUUCCUCUGUGUGUGCGACUUGUUAAUGUAACGUUUUAUUUAGAAAUAUUAUGAUGUUUUUAGUUUAUUACAACACUGUUCAUUGUUGCAUCUGCAUUUUUCCAUGUUGACUUAUCUGUAACAAUGAUAUUUUGGCUUUAAAUAUAGUUUAAAUCAACUAAAAAGGAAAUUUUUUUUGAAAAUUCAAGACACAGCAACGACAUGGGGAUUACAUUUAGUUUUUCUUGCUAAUGCAGUACUACCAAUUGGAAUAAACCAGCCAUUUUACAGUUAUGUCAUACAUUUUCUGUAUAAUAGAUGCACCAUUUCUGUUUUAUGAGUUGUUUUCUUUUGUAGUUUUAUGACUACUGUAAAAACAAUAUUUUGCGACUCAUUUUAUUAUUCGCCGUUACCUUUUGAUGUACUGCUAUUUUUGUCAUAGGUAAUUAGCUGUUUAGUGUUCUAAGACUUAAACAUGUUUUAGUUGUAUCAUUAUUUAUCAAAAGAGUUUUGUUUUAAAAAAAAAAAACAUGUUUGGUUCUUGCCUGAAUUAUUACUGUAAUAUUAUUCAAACAAAGUUAUUGAAUUUUAGUAUUCUUAAUAUCUAUUUAUUGCAAUAUCCCAUUAUGUUAAUGUCAUAGCUGUAAAUAAUAUCACUAAUAAUAUGAAUAAUAAAAUUUUCAAACUUAAUUGGAAUGUUUUACAUUAUUUCAUUUGAGAAUAUUUAUUCAACUUAAUGUGUUAACUAGAUGUGGUCAUCUAGGACAGGUGGUUGCUUUUAAAAGUUGAGUUUGCCUAAAGUUGACAUAUUUAAAACACAGAACAUUAGAAUAACAAUAGAGAUGGUUGCUCAAGACAGGCUAUUUUGCCAAAAAUCAGAUAACUGAGACAGAAAAAUCACCAUUUAAAGAUAUUAAGUAACUUCUUAAUUCAUGUAAUGUUGUAAGUUUAAUACUAGGUAAAGAACAUUGUUCUUUUAUGUCUCAUUACACAGAUGUCAUCUGCCAUUGAAAUCCAUAUUAAAUUGCCCAACUUCAAAUGAAGAUAGUCAAUAGAAUGGGUUCUUGUUGGCACUAAUAAAAUACACGAUUGCGAACAUACAUUAAAUAAACAUUUAUUUUCACUCCAAAAUUGAGAACAUUUCCGUCUCAGUUUUUUGUAUUUAGCUGUAGUACCAGUCGGAACAGGUCGUUCUAAAACCCAUUCACACACUCUGGCUCUUCCGCUAUACACCCAUGUCCCCAAAGGUCAAUGCACAAUAUUACAAAAUAACAUGGGCAAAAUCCAGCCAGAAGGCUGACCAUUAAAAAUACAAAUUGUUUUAAUUCUACCCCAAUUACUAGAAGUGAAUAUGUGAACCACAACAUAUGUCACAAUUAGGAACUGUAGUGGACUGUGAUGAAUGAACUUUUACCCAGAAAUUAACUGUGUAGUGAGACCUUAAUAUAGGUGACUGCUUUUAAGAGAAUAUAUGUGCAGGUUUCACUGUGUGUGUGUUUUAUUAUUAAUAUAUUAGUAUUGCUGUAAGAUCGGGUGAUGGAUAUUUUUACAUGUGCAAUUUGUUUUUUUAUCUGGUUGCUUGCUUUAAUCAUUUACAGUGAUUUUCUGUCCUGUAAUAUAAGAACCAACAUUUUCCUUUUUGUUUAUAAUAAAUGAAUAUUGUUUA